ACAAAGUCAUCUUAUCAGCUGCUGGAGAACCCUGGGCAGGGAAGAUAUUCAAUCCCUCCUUCAUGAUUUUAAAUAUUGAUCAGAGACAGCAAUACCUGUGUGUUGUUGUGGGAUGUCCUGCGGUGGUGGAGGAGCUGCAGUGUGUCACCGCCGUGGGGAACAUCAAGGCUCUGCUCUCCAGCUGAGCACUCUGAGUGGAAACAGCAAAUCUGCAGCGCUGUUGGAAGUCAGGGGGAGCCUCAGCACCAUGCAGUACUCUCCUGUGGCACUGAAGCCAGAGCACUCCGUGGAUAAGGGAUCUGGGAUUCCCCAGAGCCCUGGGGAAGGCACAAAGGCUGCAGCCUUCUCGGACGGUGGAGCCAGCAGGGCUCGGACCCCGGAGUGCUUCCAGAGCCAAUAUCUGACCAAAACCAGCACCCAGGGACAGGUCUACAACUUCCUGGAGAGGCCCAGUGGGUGGAAGUGCUUCAUCUAUCAUUUUGCUGUAUUUCUCCUGGUGCUGAUUUGUUUAGUAUUCAGUGUACUGUCUACUAUAGAGCAAUAUUCUGAGUUUGCCAUUGGAACCCUUUUCUGGAUGGAAAUAGUUCUGGUGGUGUUUUUUGGUGCUGAGUACCUGGUCCGGCUGUGGUCUGCAGGCUGCAGGAGCAAAUAUGUUGGCUUCCAGGGAAGGAUCCGGUUUGCCAGGAAGCCAAUAUCCAUCAUUGAUCUGAUUGUGGUAGUAGCCUCAAUUAUUGUUCUGAGCAUAGGAUCGAAUGGGCAGGUGUUUGCCACCUCUGCAAUAAGGGGCAUCCGCUUCCUCCAGAUCCUUCGGAUGCUUCAUGUUGACCGCCAGGGAGGCACCUGGAGGCUCCUGGGGUCAGUGGUUUUCAUCCAUCGACAGGAACUCGUAACCACGCUGUACAUUGGAUUCUUGGGAUUAAUUUUUUCAUCCUACUUCGUUUAUCUUGCUGAGAAGGAUGCAGUUGAUGAGGAUGGAAAGACAGGUUUCUCCAAUUAUGCUGAUGCCCUUUGGUGGGGUGUGGUAACAGUCACAACAAUUGGCUACGGCGACAAAGUUCCCCAGACAUGGAUUGGGAAGGCAAUAGCUUCGUGCUUCUCAGUAUUUGCCAUCUCCUUCUUUGCCCUGCCAGCCGGUAUUCUGGGGUCUGGUUUUGCCCUGAAAGUACAGCAGAAGCAACGUCAGAAGCAUUUCAAUCGACAAAUCCCGGCUGCAGCUUCUCUAAUUCAGACCCUGUGGCGCUGCUAUGCAGCAGAGAAAUCCUGCACCUCCACAGCCACCUGGAAGAUCUAUGUGACAGCUCCCGUGCAAAAUCCCAAAAAGUCUCCAGCGCCAUCUAGUCCCGGUCUGAGAAAGCAGGUCAGAAGAUACAGAAGAAAAGGGAAGCUGGGCUGUGGGAAUGGUUCUGCCCCUGUAAUAAACCCAGGAGAAAAUUCCUUAUCUGUUCCCCAGAUCACUUAUGAUCACAUUGAUGAACAAGAGGACAAAAAAGAUGUGUCUUUCUACAUUGAUGAACCCAAAGUGAGAAGACGCUCGGAAGGGCACACCCCAGACAUGUCACGGGCCAACAGCUUCACUGAUGACAUCGACCUGGGAGCCGAGGAGUCCCUGCUGCCAGCAGCAUCCGACGUGGCACAGCAGAUGACACAGUUCCUGAGAGCUGUGAGCUUUACGGACAGUUUUAUAGUUGUAGACUUCUCAUCGAGUUAA